AUGAUUAAUGCUUUCGACGUGCCGAUUAUAGCUUUGUUUGAUACUGGAGCGUCCCACUCUUUCAUUUCACAUGCUGCUUGUAAGAGAUUAGAACUGGCUCCACAAUUGGCUGAGAUAACUUUAGAAGUUAACACCCCUGGUAAUGGAAUAUUGACUGCUAAGGACAUUAUCUCGAACUUAGAGCUGAACAUAGGUGCUGAAACAUUUAAGGCAGAUUUGUAUGUCAUCACUAUGAUAGAGUUUGACAUAAUCCUAGGGAUGGACUGGCUUACUCAAGUCGGUGCCACGAUACUGUGUAGCGAGAGAAAGAUCUCUUUCCAAUCCGCUGGAAAGGAGAAGGCAAGUUUUCAUGGCAUAAGAAUGGGAGGAAGAGUACCAGUGAUUUCGGCGAUGAAGGCCACAAAGAUAAUGAGAACGGGAGAAUGUCAGGCUUUUCUGGUCAGUUUGACAGGAGAACAUGAAGUAAAGAAAACGAUCGAAGAAGUUCCAGUGGUGCGAGAAUUCAAAGAUGUUUUUCCCGAAGAAUUGCCCGCCUAG